UAAAUAAGCCAAGUUUAGAGUAGUAUUUUUUAGAGCACUUUCCUCUUCUCAUACCCUUCUUUCUCUCUACUUGCUCUUUUUUGCUACUCUAUUACUGGGUUUGGCUGUCCGAAAAACUCCCAAAAGAUCUAGCACAGGACUUCACUUACUUUCAUAGAGCUUCAAUCACUCAGCAAAUGUAAAAGUUGGGCACAUGUGCUACCAUUUUAUCUCUCUUCCAGCUAAGAGAUCUACAUAGAAACUUUUGGAAAAAACUACUUGAAACCCUAGUUUAGCUGAGUUUGAAGCUUGUUGUUGAGAAAAUGAACUUUCUUUUGGGAUUCAUUUUUUACCAGUUUUAGAGCUGCUUGAGCUGGUGGAAAAGAAAAGCUCCAUUCUUUUUGAUAUUUCAGCUGUUUAUUUUUUCUUUGUGUUUUUUGGGUGGGUGGGUGCUGAAGAUCUGAGGCGCAUGAAGCAGAGAAGGGUGGAUUUUUGCAGUGGAACUGGUUUUGGAUGAGCUCUUUUCAUUGCCCUUUCUGGGAAAUUUAAGGUGGGUUUUGGGAGGGAGGGUGGGGGGUGGUGGAGGGAAGAUUGUGGAAGUUUUUUGGGUUUUCUUUUUCCCCUUUUUUUGGGGGUGUUUUUUUGAUUGAUUUUCUGCAGAAUGAGAUUAUCAUCUUCUGGUUUCCCUCAUCAACCUGAGGAAGGUGAGAAGAAAGUUUUGAAUUCAGAAUUGUGGCAUGCGUGUGCUGGUCCUCUUGUCUCCUUGCCCCCUGUGGGAAGCCGGGUUGUAUAUUUCCCACAGGGUCAUAGUGAGCAGUGUCUGCAGGUUGCAGCUUCAACUAAUAAAGAAGUAGAUGCUCAUAUUCCUAAUUAUCCUAGCUUGCCUGCACAACUUAUUUGUCAGCUUCAUGACGUGACCAUGCAUGCAGAUGUCGAGACAGAUGAAGUAUAUUCUCAGAUGACCUUGCAGCCCCUGACUUUGCAAGAGCAAAAAGAUGUCUGUCUCCUACCUGCAGAAUUGGGCACUGCCAGCAAACAACCGACUAAUUAUUUCUGUAAAACAUUAACUGCAAGUGACACUAGCACUCAUGGAGGAUUUUCUGUUCCUCGUAGGGCAGCGGAAAAAGUCUUUCCUCCCCUUGAUUACACCCAGCAACCUCCUGCUCAGGAAUUGAUUGCUAGGGAUCUUCAUGAUAAUGAAUGGAAAUUUAGACAUAUCUUUCGAGGGCAGCCUAAGAGACAUCUUCUUACCACUGGAUGGAGCGUCUUUGUAAGUGCUAAAAGACUAGUUGCUGGGGAUUCUGUCAUCUUCAUUUGGAAUGAGAAGAAUCAGUUACUCCUUGGCAUUCGUCGUGCUAAUCGUCCACAAACUGUGAUGCCAUCGUCAGUAUUAUCCAGCGAUAGCAUGCAUAUAGGUCUCCUUGCUGCAGCAGCUCACGCAGCUUCUACAAACAGUCGUUUCACAGUGUUUUUUAAUCCCAGGGCUAGCCCUUCUGAAUUUGUGGUUCCAUUAGCAAAGUAUGUUAAAGCUGUCUACCAUACCCGUGUCUCUGUCGGCAUGCGAUUUCGGAUGCUGUUUGAAACAGAAGAGUCAAGUGUUCGCAGGUACAUGGGCACGAUAACAGGUAUUAGCGAUUUGGAUCCUGUUCGUUGGCCAAGCUCCCAUUGGCGCUCAGUGAAGGUUGGCUGGGAUGAAUCCACUGCUGGGGAAAGACAGCCUCGGGUUUCAUUAUGGGAAAUUGAACCUUUGACUACGUUUCCGAUGUAUCCUUCUCCAUUCCCACUUAGAUUGAAGCGUCCAUGGCCAUCUGGGCUGCCAUCCUUUCCAGUUUUGAAGGAUGGUGACAUGGGCCUCAAUUCUCCACUUAUGUGGCUUCAGAGAGAGGUUGGAGAUCGUUGCAUGCCAUCCUUAAAUUUUCAAAGUUAUGGGCUCACACCCUGGAUGCAGCCGAGGCUGGACUCUGCAAUGUUGGGCCUACAACCUGAUAUAUUUCAAACAAUGGCGUCAUCUGCUUUACACGAUCCACGGGGCUUGGAGAAACGUCCCAACCAAUCUCUUCUCCAGUUCCAGCCAAACCAGAAUGUGUCUUGCCAGCCAUCAUCUCUGAUACAGAAUCAAUUGUUACAGCAAGCUCAGUCGCAGCAGACCUUGGUUCAGAGCUUUCAAGAAAACCAAACUGUGGCUCAAAAUCAAGUCCACAGUCAGCUCCUGCAGCAGCAGCUGCAAAAUUGCCGUUCAUAUAAUGACCACCAGCAGCAGCAGCAGCAGCAGCACCAGCAGCAACAGCAGCAGCAGCACCAGCAGCAACAGCAACAGCAGCAGCAGCACCACCACCAGCACCAACAGCUUCCACACUUUGAGCAGCUACGAAAUCAAUUUUCUGAUCAACAGCAAAUCGCAAAGGUUAUUAGCAAGACUCCUCCUUUCGGACCAUCCACUCAGUCCCUGCCUACUUCAUUGGAAACAAUUUCUUCUCCAUGCCCGCAGCAACUAUUUUCGAACUCUAUCAUGAACUCUGUAACUGCAGCUGACAUUUCUCCAAUGCAUAGUUUAUUGAAUUCAUUUUCUCUGGAUGGCGGAUCCCGACAAGUCACUCUAACUGACUCUAACCCUUUGGUAUCUUCCACUCCCUUGCUAUCAAAACGAGUUGCAGUUGAACCUCAGCUUUCUAGUACUGCUCCAUGUUCGCUGCCUCAAGUCGAAGAUUUGGCAGGUCCACAAAGUAGGAUCUCUGAACUCUCUUCUCUGUUGCCACCUUUGCCUGGUAGGGAUUUUUCUAUCUACCAUGGUAUUGGUGAUCCACAGAACAAUCUGUUAUUUGGGGUGAACGUUCAGCAGAAUGAGCUGGCAAACCUCAGAAGUCAUAACAAUGAGAAUGACUCAUUGUCCAUGCAGUUUGCUUGUUCCAGUUUUCCGAGUGCUGCAGGGACUGAUUUUCCACCUGCUUCUGAUAUAAUGGCUACUAGUUGUGUAGAUGAAUCAGGUUUCUUGCAGUCAUCAGAAAAUGAUGAUCACGUAAACCCACCUAGUGGAACCUUUGUGAAGGUUCAGAAAUCGGGGUCCCUCGGGCGAUCACUGGAUAUAUCUAAAUUUAGCAGUUAUCAGGAGCUGCGCAGUGAACUUGCUCAUAUGUUUGGCCUAGAAGGCCAACUGGAGGACCCCCUGAGAUCAGGCUGGCAGCUUGUAUUUGUUGACCGUGAGAAUGAUGUUCUCCUGCUGGGUGAUGACCCUUGGCAGGAGUUCGUAAACAAUGUGUGGUACAUCAAGAUCCUAUCCCCUCAAGAAGUGCAGCAGAUGGGAAAAGAGGGCUUAAAUUUUCCAAAUUCUAUACCAAGGCCCAAGCACCAAAACAGCUUCAACAGCUGUGAUGAUUACACACUUCAGCAGGACUUGAGACAUAAUAGUAAUGGGAUGGCAUCUGUAACCUCUCUUGAUUACUGAUGACUGAUGUGCCUAUUGCUGAGGACGUACGUACCUAUAAUGAAAAAACUACCUCUACCUCUACCUCGGAUAAAAGGUGGCUUACAAGCGGAUGCCUAAGUAAAAUGUGUAUCUUCGCCUUUAGCCCUGAACUCGCUAUUUCAUUCUCCAACUCAGCUUUUGUGGAAUCAAAUUGAAUGUUUAGCAGCUAAGUUUAAGGUUAUAGCAUGUAAAGCAACCAGCAGAACACUGUAAAUUAUCCUGUGUGGUGUCCCCUGAACUGCUGUGGGGUGAAUCACACAACUUCCUCUAAGUAGGGCAAUAUUGCAGAUGUAACACUUCCAUCAUUAUUGUAUUAUUAUUGUAGUUAA